AUGUCCCAGUCCCAUGAGGUAGACGAAGAUACCAAUAUGGCUAUUUCGUAUACAACCCAGUCGUCAACCGGACACCCUCACCAAACCCUCCCCUCAUUCCGCGAGCUCCUCCCCGCUCACCUCCACGAUGAAAUCGAAUCAACUUCCCCAUUCUACACCACCCCUCGUCACUCACAAGACCGUCCACCCUCAGGUCACGAGAUGGCUGACCCCCGCUCAAUCCCAUACGGCAACCAAUCCACCCAUAUGCCCUACGAACCCCACCGCGAAUAUACAGUCUCCCGCGGCGCAGACCACCAACCCCGCCUGCCAGAUCCAGGUCACCACCACAUGCAUCUCUCUGAACACGCAUCUCGCGGUCCCAGCCCAAUUCUGCCGUCAAUCCGCGACCUGGACUCCAUACCCGGCCGAGCAAUGAAUCCGUCCUCCAGUAAUGGGUAUUCCGAGCGGCCCCCACGUUCCGACCCCUUCGUCGCGCAGGAAUACCGCCAGCCCGCGCCGACACCAGCAGCGAUGUCCGCUGAUCCCCGUGGCGAGCACUUUGCUCAGCCCAUUAUGCAUCCGCAAUCGCCAUACGGGCACCCUGCUAUCGGCUACGCGGAUGAACAGAUGUCGCCGCAGAUGAUGGGGCACGGGCAGGGGAAUUUCGGAAUCAUGGGAGAUCCGAUUGAUCCUAAGACGAAGCGGAGACGGGGUAACUUGCCUAAGCCUGUUACGGAUAUUCUACGGGCUUGGUUCCAUGAGCAUCUUGAUCAUCCUUAUCCCAGUGAGGAGGAUAAGCAGAUGUUUAUGACGAGGACAGGGCUUUCAAUUAGUCAGGUGAGAUUUACAACCGAGGACUGGAAAUUUGCUGUGGCUGGUUUGCUAAUGGUUUCUUUUUUUAUACAGAUCAGCAACUGGUUUAUCAAUGCUCGGAGGCGACAACUCCCUGCGUUGCGGAACCAAAUGCGCAGUGGUACUGAUACGGAGUCUCAACGACAGUCGCCUUUUAGUGAUGUCGAUGGAUCGGAGCACAUGCCCUCUCCUCAUCACUAG